UUUAUAAAGUCAGACACUAUGCACUGGCGUUCAUUUUUACCGUACUCAAAGUGGAAGCUUAGAAGCUGCUCUAACUGCUCUGACUUCUUCAUAAGCUGCACCUUCCAUAUUAUGGAACUGAGCAAUGAUGGCCAAACAGCUCAUACACUUUUGCAACUUGCAACUUCAGAAGAGGAGAGUUUAAAAGAAGGAAUCAACUUUCUACGUAACAAGGAUAGUGGGAAAAACUUUAUCAUAUAUAAAAAUGGAGAAGAACUACGAGCCUGCAAGAACUUGUGUAAGCACCAGGGAGGGACAUUUAUUAAAGAUAUUGAGGACCUCGGGAACAGGACGGUGCGCUGUACAAAACAUAAUUGGAAGCUGGAUGUAAGUUCAAUGAAAUAUGUGAAUCCACCAGACAGUUUCUGCCAAGAGGAGCUGGUAAUUGAAAGAGAUGAAGAAAAUGGCUUUUCACUUGUUGAAUUAAGUCCUCCAAAUCCUUGGGACACUGAUCCUCGUAUGGUUGUAUGCUUGGAAAAAGGAGAGGUCCAGGUCACAUAUCUUACUCAUGCAUGCAUGGAUCUGAAGCUUGGAAACAAGCGCAUGGUGUUUGAUCCUUGGUUAAUUGGACCUGCUUUUGCUCGGGGAUGGUGGUUACUUCACGAGCCUCCAUGUGAUUGGCUAGAAAGACUGUGCCAAGCAGACUUGAUUUAUAUAAGUCACAUGCACUCUGAUCAUCUUAGUUAUCCUACACUCAGGAAGCUCUCUGAAAAACGACCAGAUAUUCCUAUAUAUGUUGGCAAGACUGAACGCCCUGUCUUCUGGUACCUGAACAAAAGUGGAGUUAAACUUACCAAUAUCAAUGUUGUCCCUUUUGGAACCUGGCAAGAGGUAGAUGAAAACCUAAGGUUCAUGAUUCUUAUGGAUGGUGUUCACCCUGAAAUGGACACAUGUAUUAUUGUGGAAUACAAAGGUAAUAAAAUCCUAAAUACAGUAGAUUGUACUCGACCCAAUGGUGGCAAGUUACCCACAAAUGUUGCUCUUAUGAUGAGUGACUUUGCUGGGGGAGCAUCUGGAUUUCCAAUGACAUUCAGUGGUGGGAAAUUUACAGAGGAAUGGAAAUCACAGUUUAUCAAAACUGAAAGAAAGAAGCUUCUUAACUAUAAAGCACAGCUUGUUAAAGACUUGAACCCUCGAAUCUAUUGUCCUUUUGCCGGAUAUUUUGUUGAAGCGCAUCCAUCAGAUAAGUACUUAAAGGAGACUAAUUUGAAAAAUGAUCCAAACGAACUGAAUAAGCUAAUAGGAAAUUCAAGUGAUGUUCUUACAUGGACUCCCAAACCUGGAGCAACACUGGACCUUGGAAGUUUAUUAAAUGACCCCACAGAUCAAAAUGGAAUUAUUGAUCCACCCCCCGGAACCAAAAUAUUCAAAGAAUCCUGGGACUUUGAUAUAUACCUUAGUGUCUUUUCUUCUUCGUUUGAUGAUGAGAUUUUUCGUUAUCCCUCUUGGAUUAAAGAAUAUUUCACAUGGGCUGGCUUUAAGGGCUAUAACCUUGUGCUGAGGAUGAUUGAAACAGAUGAACACUUCGUCCCUUUGCCUAAAGGAUACAAUUAUUUGGUGGAUUUUAUGGACCUGUCAUUCCCUACUGAGAGACCAGAACGUGAACACUCAUAUGAAGAAAUAAGCAGCAGAGCUACUGUAAUGAGGCACGUGGUGAAACAUGGGCUUCUGUGGGAUGAUCUUUACAUUGGAUUCCAAACGCGCAUUCAGCGCAAUCCAGAUAUCUACCACCACCAAUUUUGGAACCACUUUCAAAUUAAGCUGCCCCUAACUCCUCCUGACUGGGAAGUAUUCUUGGAUCAAGAGAAGGCAAAUGAUGCCACGCUGCAAAACUGCAAUAUCAUGUAAAUCUGAAUAUUUAUGGAUGAACCCUCUGCCAAGUAAGCAACACUUCGACUGGCUACAUUUGGAAUGAAACAUCGGAUGUAAAGAGUUUUAUUUUAAAAUACCUGAACCUCAAUACCUCAACUUGUUAAAACAAA